GAGUAACAAUAACAAACAAUGGAUAUAGAAAACGCGAACUGCAAAUGCAGGGUGUCGCAGUGCAUCGAUUUGGAACAGCUCUGCAUAGAACGACCGAUUAAGAUAGAACAAGAAAUCACAGGCCUGCAGAAGUUAGUAGAAGAACUCCACAGGGUGUUUUCCCACGACCACGUUAACAUACAGGAUGUCCAGAAACUUAUGGCUGGUUACAAGUCGGACCCUAAAGAUUGGAGAAAGUACGCCAAGUUUGAUCGCUUUCGCUACACCAGAAACCUGGUAGACGAAGGCAACGGAGCCUUUAACAUAAUGAUCAUCUGUUGGGGACCAGGACACGCUUCCGCUAUACACGACCAUGCUGAUUCACAUUGUUUUAUGAAGGUGUUAAGUGGAGAAUUGGAAGAAAUCAGAUACGAAUGGCCCGAUAUAGUAGAACCUGAAGUGUUAAGGAAGCUGAGAAACAAAACUACACCCAGACGGCGUUGUUGCUCAGAAAGUGAAGAUAAAAUUCUAAAUAAAACUGCGAAACUAAAUUUAUGCGAAAACGAAAGCUGCGAUAACUAUGGCAAAGAUAUCGAUUCGAAAAAUGGCGACCAAAAUGGUGAAAUCGAAAACAAAACUGACGAGCAUAGGAAUGAAAGUGGUCAGUGUAAUAACGGAAAUGGUGAAUACAAGAACGGAAACGGUGAAAUUGAAAAUCAAAAUGGGGGAAACGAUUAUGGUGAAGAAUACGAUGCUCAGAGUAUGUCAGAAAUAGGCAGAACGAGAUUGGAAGUUAAUGAUGUUUGUUAUAUUAAUGAUGCCCUUGGUCUUCACCGCAUGGAGAACCCAUCCCACGUAGACAGCACUGUCUCCUUGCACCUGUAUUGUCCGCCGUUCGAUGCCUGUCGCGUGUUUGACGCUCGGACAGGGAAGCCUACGCAAGUCAAAGUUACUUUCUGGUCCAAGUACGGCAAGACAGUUAAACGGGUAAUCGAAGCUGCCGAAAUUGCCGACAGCCAGUAAAGGCAGCCUGAAUAGUAGAAUGAAAUAAUAAAAAAAAAUAUUUACAAUAUUUAUGAAUUAAUUUUAAGUGAAAUUAAUCUUUAUUUUUAAUAUUUUUUCCAUAUGCUUAAGCAAGUAGGUACAUAAAAACGAAAAUAAUAUUAACGAUGAACUAAUAAUGAACACCUUUUAUAUUCAUAUACAGGUUGCUAUUUUAAUUAACGUUCUUA